AUGCGGUGUGACGGUAACGACCCUUGUGCGAAAUGUCUGUCCACCGACUCUGCCUGCCAAUAUUCAGCGCCAGCGAGCUCAUCGUCCGUGCCAAGCGAUACUCUGAGCGCUAGAACUCCAACCGAAGCGUACUCAUUCCAGGCAACAGGAGACUUCAACGCUCCUCUCCUGGUUCCCACCACAGCCAAUGUGGCGGGAGAAUUCGCUUCGCAAUACCCCGGCUUGCAUCUUGAAGCGUCUUCGACAGGUCCCUCAAAUUGCGAAACAGUCGACCUCGACUCGCUGGACAACGAUGACCGAAAUGUGCCACGUCUCGGACUUUCAAGACCAGCAGCUUCUACACUUGAUAGCAUGAGUUGUGACGUACUUGCAAUGCCCAUUAGUCCCGAUGACGACUUCUUACAGUUCUUCAGUGCCGAGGGCAUGAGAGGGCAAUGGCAGACGACCCCAGUGGUAUAA